AUGCAAGCUUUUGAAGGUACAUUACUAAACUUAAUAAUUAAACAAAAACACGAAGAAUUAAAAAUCAACGAAAAUAUUUUAAUUAACAUAGAAAAUAAAUUAAACGAACACCUUUCCGAAGAAGAAAAGGAACAAAUUAAGUUUAAUGAAAAUAUUAUAAUAACAGGAACACAGAAACAACAAGACGAAACUCAUAAAGAAAAAUUCAAGAAACUACAAAACAAACUUAACAAAGAGCUUAACAUAAAAUGCAACAACAACUGGUUCGUCAACAAAACCAACAAAACAUUUCCCGAUGAUGUGACAUGGUUACUCUCGUUAGGAGACAAACAUUGUCUACCAACAAGUAGAACGGAAUUCCCUCUAUUUAAAUAUAUUGCUGACGCGGAAGAUAUCAUACAAACAACAACCGACAAAGAACAACAAGAAAUGAGUAGAACAAAACUGACAACAAUGUUAGAAACACAUACUAACAGAAUGCGAGAGAAUAACAGAGACAAAUACAUGAUGCGCACAGUGGAACGAACCCAAAAAUUUCUAAAACAAAAUAAAGACAUACUUAUACUUAAUGCAGAUAAAGGAAACGUGACGGUAGCUAUGAAUAAAACAGAUUAUCAAGAAAGAAUGUCGAAUAUAUUAUCGGACAUGAUGACAUACCAACGCAUUAAUAAGGACCCUACAUCGAAUUUACAAAAGGAAAACAAUAAAAUAAUAGAAGAAUUAUUUAAUAAUAAAUGCAUAUCGCUUAUAGAGAAGAAAAGAUUAAAGACGGAUGUUGCAACGGCACCUAGAAUAUAUGGUCUACCAAAAAUACAUAAAGAGGGAUUCCCACUCAGACCCAUUUGCUCAUCAAUAAAUUCGCCAUCGAUAAAACUAUGUAAAUACAUAGUGAAUAUUUUAAAGAAUUUAACAAAAAACUCCAUUUAUAAUGUUAAGGAUUCGGUGCAAUUUAGAAAUAAGAUAAAGAAUUUGACAAUUAAUGACAAUGAAAGAAUGAUCUCCUUUGACGUAGUAUCCCUAUUCCCAAGCAUUCCUGUAGAAUUAGGACUAAAAAUUAUUGAUGAAAGAUGGGAUGAAAUUAAACAAUACACAAACAUGGAAAAAAACAUGUUCUUGAAAAUAGUUCAAUUCUGCAUAAAAGAUAAUAGAUAUUUCAAGUAUGAAGAUAAAAUAUACAAACAAAAAUCAGGAUUACCCAUGGGAUCACCUGCAUCACCCAUACUUGCGGAUUUAGUUAUGGAAUCUUUGUUGAACACCACGAUUGACUCAUUACCAAUAAAACCAAAAAUCUUGACGAAAUACGUGGAUGAUUUAUUCUUAAUUAUAAGGGAAGAUGCAAUACAACAGACUUUGACAACUCUAAAUGGCUUCAAUAGAAAAAUACAAUUCACUGUGGAAGAAGAAAACAACGGAAAAAUUUCAUACUUGGACACCAUG